AUGUCAGAAUUCGUCGUCACCUACAUUUCCCACUCUGCUCAGCUGGAUGAGGCUCAAGUGAAGCACUUAAACCAUGAACUAGAGUCAGUUUUCUCGAAGAGUGAACUUUCCACCAAGAGAUUGGCACCACAUGUAGUAGACGUUACUUUUACUGUGGAUUCAGACUGGUCCAGCGUUAAGAGGGCACUAGAUCCCCUAAUAGAUUCUCAAAAUCAAAUCGACAUUAUUGUACAACGCAACGAUUCUCACCGUCAAAAGAAAUUGGUCGUAUUCGAUAUGGAUUCAACACUUAUAUACCAAGAAGUUAUCGAAAUGAUUGCAUCCUACGCCAACGUAGAGCCACAAGUCGCUGAGAUCACCAAUCGUGCUAUGAAUGGUGAACUAGACUUCGCCCAAUCGCUACAGGAAAGAGUCUCGCUCUUGAAAGGUCUUGAAAUCGAUCCGCUUUACGAUGCUAUCAAGCCAAGACUACAGGUUACCAAGGGUGUGCCAGAACUAUGUGAAUCGCUAAAGGCACAUGGUGUAAAACUGGCAGUGCUAAGUGGUGGCUUUACACCAUUUGCAGAGUACAUCAAGGAUAAACUACAUCUUGAUUACGCAAGAGCUAACAAUCUUGAGACUCAAGACGGUAAACUUACAGGUACUACCAGAGGACCCGUAGUUGAUGGCAAUUGCAAAGCAGAAACACUAAGAUCCUUGUGUGAGCAGUACGGAAUUGAUCCUCAAGACAGUAUGAUGGUGGGCGAUGGUGGUAACGAUCUCCCAGCAAUGGCGGCUGCAGGAUACGGAGUCGCCUGGCACGCCAAACCCAAAGUACAACAACUAGCGCCAUGCAAACUUAACACAGAAUCAAUGAUUAAUCUCUUAUACGUCAUAGGAUACAUAAACUAA